GUCAAUUUAGGUUGAGUGGAGGACGUAUUCAACGUGAGGGACGCCUUGAAGUAUUGCAUAAUGGUGAAUGGGGUAGCGUGUGCAGGAAGCAAUUCACUGGUGUCACUGCAGCUUCGAUUUGCCGGCAGUUGGGCUACCCAGGCGUACAUCAAAUUUUGAAUAAACAAAAACAAACCAGAAGAGGCAUGCGGAAGAAUAUUCCAGAUAAGAUGUGGUUAGAAAACGUGGAUUGUAAGCUGAGAGAUAAAACAUUACAAGAUUGUAGCCAUAGCCCAUGGGGCGAAACGGAUUGUAAGAACUCGUAUGGUGUUGGGCUUAUGUGCUUGUCAGCUUGUCAAAAAGACGAAUUUGGAUGCGUUAGUGAUGGAAGUUGUAUCGACUCAAAAUUUGCGUGUGAUGGAUUAACAGACUGUCUUGAUGGGUCAGACGAGUUACUGUGCGAGAAACAAACAUUGAAUGUUACAUCAUUUCUGGAUUUUCGUUACCAUGACUACAACGAUGUUGGCAUCUUUCUCCAGAACCUUACAUUAACUUAUCCAAACAUAACUAGGAUGUACAGCAUCGGACAGAGCGUUGAAGGCAGGGAGCUAUAUGCUUUGGAAAUAAGCAAAAACCCCGGUAUUCAUGAACUCCUUGAGCCAGAAUUUAAAUAUGUUGCUAAUAUGCAUGGCGACGAAGCAACUGGUCGAGAGUUGAUCUUAAAAUUAGCCGAGUAUCUGUGCAAUGAGUACGAGACUGGAAAUAAUACCAUCAGAUAUCUUGUGGACAAUACCCGGAUUCAUCUACUUCCAAGCCUCAACCCCGACGGCUUCGAAAAGGCGAUCGGUUUUUACAGAGAAUAUGAUUUUGUUGUUGAUUCGUAUGGUCGUGAAAAUUCAAAUAACGUCGAUUUAAACAGAGAUUUCCCAAAGUUAAACCAAAUCAUGUAUCAAAAUGAAAUCAUUGGCGGCCAAAACCAUCACCUGGGCUACAACAAAGAUAUAUAUGAUUACGGGCCUGAGCCCGAAGUGAAGGCCUACAUAAAGUGGAUUGAGGAAUAUCCUUUUGUGUUAUCUGCUAACAUGCAUGACGGAGACUUAGUGGCUAAUUACCCCUUUGAUGCAGGAAGAUUCAAUGACGAGAGAGCAUCUUACACCAUGAGUCCCGAUGACGUUCUUUUUAAGCAUCUUGCGCUAGCCUACUCGCGUCGUCAUGCUACCAUGGCAACCAGAAAACGGGCAUGUUCAAUAUACAAUCGCAUUUUUAAAGAUGGAAUUACAAAUGGGGCACACUGGUAUAAUGUAGCCGGAGGUCUUCAAGAUUUUGAUUAUCUGCACACGAAUUGUUUUGAUAUUACUCUGGAGUUGGACUGUAUCAAGUUUUCCCCAGAAUCUGGAUUGAAGCAGGAAUGGCUUGACAACAAGGACGCCCUCAUUGCGUACAUGUAUCACAUUCAUAUUGGGAUCAAAGGAUUUGUAUUCAACCAAGAUGAGACACCCAUCAAGGGCGCUGUUGUACACGUAGGAGGACCGGGCAUCAACCAUGACGUCACAACAACAAAAGACGGUGAAUAUUGGCGUUUGUUGUUACCAGGCACAUAUACAAUAAACGUUAUGGCGGAAGGAUACAUCAGUAGUGCCCAUGUGGUGGAAGUCCGAGAAAGUGUGACGCAAUUAAACUUUGUUCUCAAUCGAGAGGGAUGGAUCAACUCGGGAACCAGCAUGGUCCGUAACAGGAUGUCCCGUACUACUCUCAACCGUUUCAUGUGGAUUCUGGCUCUUUGUAUGUGGUCGGUUUAUUCCUAGGUUUGUCAUAAAAAAAAUGUGUUUUUAUAUAAUCAAGAAUGCAAUCAUUUGUCUUAAGCAUUGUCAUUCCCAUGAGUUAUUGACGACAUAAUCAAUUUUCAGGAAGUAUUCGUCCCUCUACGUUAAAAACAUCCGGACUAUCCACCCCAUGAUUGGAUAUGCAAUACUUCAAAACACGCCCAUUGGCCUUUAAACAUGUACCGCCUUUCAUAUGACGACUUGGUCUGGGAAGGAUGCCAUUUUGAAAGGAUCUUUCGUCAAUGAAAUCUUCCUGUUGGCAUGUGAUUUGAAACGGAUUAUCAAGUACCAUCUUACAUCCCCAAUGGAUUAAAAAAUUAGUUUUUAAGGAUUCCCAUCACAUUUGGCAUUAAAAAGUUAAAGUUGCGAAUUCGGUGUUGGAGAUAAAUCAGUGAACUUAAUAUUGGUGACCAUUGCCUAUCACGAUGAUUGACUUGUGCUUAUGGUAAUUAUACUUUGCCCUACUUCAAUUAUGGACUAACACGAACACUAGGAAUAUAGAAAGACCAUCAUCAACCAUUUAAAAUAUAUUAAUAUUAUUAUAUUUAUAAUAAUAUAGUUAUAAUUAUUGUUAAUGUUAUUAUCGCUCUUUCUGUUAUUAUUGUUAUGGUUGUUUUGUUGUUACUGUGUUUAUUAUUAUUAAACUUGAUAACUAAAUUUAUAAAAUAUCCAAAGAUAGCUUUAAAAUUUAAGAGUGUAAACCUAUACAUAGUAUAUACCAAUUAUGAUUAAAUUGUGUAUAUGAUAUGAAGAUAUAACUAUAAUUUAAAUCGGUCAUCAUAGACGUCCGAUCUGUGGCAAUUGGCACAAUCCGCCCAAAUAAAUAUCCAAAUAACCUAAUGACACUCCUCUGUCAAAUCAUCUCACGAUACCAGUAAAACAGAUGCCUAUAAAAGUUUAAGUAUAAUUCAGAUUGGCGGGUCCAAUCGCCAUAAGAUUGUAAUGUUUUUAAAGGGAAAAGUACAUAUUUUUUUAUUCGGACAAAUCAAUUAAAAUAUUGAUGUUUUA